AUGCCCACCGAUGAACACCCGCCCGCCUCCAGCGCCAAGCGCAAGCUCUGGGUCGCUUGCAACGCCUGCCGCUUUCGCAAGGUCAAGUGCGAUCGCGAACCUCGUCUGGAGCAGGGCUUUGCCGCCUGCACCAACUGCGAUGCUUCGUCGAUAGAAUGCCUCCUCACCGUCAAUCCGCCCAAGAAACGCAUGGGGAAGCGCAUGAAGAUGCUGCAGGAGCAGAUGGAGGCGGAUCAGCUUCCCGCACCACAGUCAGCCGAAGCCACUGCCAUCGCCAUGUCUCCCGGCCUCUCGAGUCUGCUCGAAGCGGCCGACAAUACCGCGCAGCCUUCCGCGUCAGCCUCGACAUUUCCGGACUCCACCACCCCUUCGGAUGUCCCAAUCAUCCAAAAUGGCCUCUUCACCGCCUUCGGCUCAUCAACACAAGACAUCUUCCAGGUUCCGUCGCUGCAGCAUCGCCAGAGCACCGCAUCCUCCUCGACCGACUCGGUCUCGCCUGCGAAUCCCGGAUUCACGCCCAGAUCCAUCCAAGACCUCUCCGAAUCGUCGUCUCCCGAAGCCAUCCUGUCGCAUGCCGCCUUCCUUAGCCGCCGCAUUGUCGAAGGCUCCAAUCCACGAUCCACAAAACGCAAGAACCCCUUCGAUAGGCCCAGCCUCGAGAGCAGCGCGUCCAACCAGGUCGGCUUCGUCGGCGGCCUGCUUGGCAUCGCCUCGCUCGACAAGCAUCUGCUCGACGUGUGCACCAAGGCGUAUUUUGACAGCAUGGGCCAAUGUAUAGGCUUCAUCCGGCCAGAGUGGUACUGGCCCCGCUACCAUUCCUACUUUUCGCGCUUCGCAGGGCUCUUUGACACCGGCUCCUCCUCUCCCGACAACGAACAGCCGCUGUCGGAGCUGUUGCUCAUCGCCGUCGCCUGUCGCGGAUCGGGCGCAAGUAGAUUGGCCAACCGGUUCGAGCUGCAGACCGACCUGUACGACCACUACCGCCGCCUCAUCAAGGAUCGUGAACGCCUCGUGCGCGACGGAUUCGAUGCGCUAGAGUCCAUCAUCCUCAUGGUCGAACACGCCGAUUCCACUCCCGCGCCUCUCGUCGACAACAUGUCGGUGGAAGGCGUGUUUGACAUCAACCCCAUCUCGCACCAAGGAAUGAUCCGGCUCACCAAAAAGUUUGAGCUGCACCUCGAAAAGCCCUUUGGCACACGCCUUGAGGGGCGCGAUGGCAUACGCCAGAGGAUCCUCUUUUGGACAAUCUACGUCUACGACGCCAUUCGAAGCGAAGCCGGACGCACGCUUCCCUUGCUGCUCGACGAAGACAUCAGUCUGGAGCGCACCAUGCCCACCGCCGUGGACAACGGGCCGCUGUCGGCAAGGCUCAAGUUCCGCGAUCACUUUGUGGAUCUGGCCACGACGUGCCGCAAGGUGUCGCGGCGCAUCCUUUCGGAUCGGGCGCAAGGUCGUGGCAUUGAGCCGGCUGAUGUGCUCGAGGUGCUCGACGAUCUGCAAGCGUGGCACCACAGCCUCAGUCCGCUCUUUGCGUGGGACUGGAACGACAUGCUGCACAUCACCGGCCCCACCGACGAAGAGGACAAGAUCCGACGCACGUUUCUCAUCUACCUCUUUCUCGGCCAAUGGCUCACGCUCGAAUACGCCAUCCAAGAGAUCGGCCUCUCGACCACAUGCGACGCGGCGCUCAAGCACAAGAUGCAGCAACGGCUGCGUGGCGAGAUGGACGUGGCGCUGGAUCGCCAGGUGCUCGUGUGCGACUACGCGGCGCUGUUCGGCAUCAUCCGGCUGCAUCCGGGCAUGAUGCAGUCCUGGACCAUCACCUGGGCGUCGUGGUGCAUGCAAAAGAUGCAGGAGAUCGUCGCCAACGAGGCCAUGGGCAGAUUCGAAUCCGCCAAAGCCGACCAGGCCUUUCAGCGCUAUCUCUCGGCGGUGCUCUGCUUUGUCAAUGCCACCGCCACCUGCGACAGCACGCCACGCACGCCCGAGACCGUCCAGGAGCUCAUGAACACGCUCAAGAAUGUCACCGAUGCUCGCAGCUCGUUGCGUCUCAGCUUCGAGGUGGUCUAG